GCGACGCCCAAAGACUGGAGCCAGAGCGAGCGAGCGCGCGGGGGGGCGUGCCUUACCGUGUUUCGUCUCGUGUAAUCUCGUGUCGUGUCGUGUCGUGCAGUGACUCAACGCCGGCUGUUAUGUGGGAAGACCCCGCGGCGACAAGCUACGCUCUCUCCUACUGCCGCCAAACACGCGCCGGCCAUGGCUCCAGUAGCGUCAAUCUUCAUCUUCGGAGUUCUGUCCUACGUAAGCGGUGUUCCUGUAUUAGAAGACAACUCCAGCAAAGAUGAUCCACUGUGGAAGACGGAGCAAGAGGACUCGGAGCGGACUGCGUCGGCCGCCCCCGCCACGCUGGACGCGUCCUUCUGCCGGCGGCGCGCCGACGGCUUGUACCCGCACCCGCACUCCGCCGUCCACUACUACAGGUGCUCAGGCGGCGAAGCGCAGGUGCUGCGGUGUGCGGACGGCUCUGUGUUCGUGUCCGGGCGCUGCGAGGCGGCGGCGGAGUGGCGGCCCUGCGUACUGCAGCCGGACGGGCUCCACCCUAACGUCUCCGACGGCUGCGCUUCCUACUACAGGUGCGAGAACGGCAGCGUGUCGGCGCGCCUGCGCUGCCCGCCCGAGGCGUCGGGCCGGCUGGCGUUCAGCGCGCGGCUGCACCGGUGCGCGCCCGCAGUGGAGGUGACGUGCGCCGCGGCAACCUGCCUGCCCGCCAGCAGCGCCGACAUGUUCUUCGUGACGCCCGGCACCGCCUGCCGGGACUACCACCGCUGCCGCGUCGGCCUGCGCGCAGACUUCCGCUGCCCCGCCGGCUUCAUCUUCCACUGGGCCACGCAGGUGUGCGUGCCAGCGGGUGAGUCUGCGGAGUCCGGCUGCCCCGAGCCGGUGUGCGUGGGCCGCGUGAAUGGCCGCUACGCAGACACGGCGCACGGCUGCGCGCGCUGGUUCCGCUGCGAGGGCGGCGCGCUGCGGCAGGUGGCGCCCUGCCCGCCGGGACAGCUGUUCCACGCCGGGCGCUGCCGGCCCGCGCAGCAGACGAGUCUGCAAGGAGGCGGUGUUCCUCAGGUGACGUGCCCCGCACCGCCGGCGUCCUCGCGCGGUUCUCUGGGCGGCGCCAGCGGCGAGUGCGCCGGGCUUCUGGACGGGCUGCACGCGCUGGCCGCCUCUGGCUGCCGCGACUACGUCCACUGCGCCGCGGGGCACACGUUGGCGCGCCACUCCUGCCCCGACAGCACGCUCUUCGACGGCCGCAUGUGCGUGCCCGCGCCGCUCGUCACCUGUCGGGCGGUUAGCAGCGAGUCUCGCGGCGCGGCGGGCGGAGACGCGUGCUCGCGCCUGGCGGACGGCUUCCACGCGGACUUCUCGACGCGCGGCUGCCGCGGCUACGUGCUGUGCGCGGCGGGCCGCACUCUGUUGUGGGGCGCCUGCAGCGAGGACGCCGCCUGGGACCGCGCCAGCGCGCGCUGCCUGCCCAACGCCGACGCCGACCGGGAAAAGCGCGCCUGGUAUUCGGCUCUGGGCAGAAUAGCGAGGGAGUGUCGGUGCUGCAGGUACUACUACUGUUCGGCGGACGGGAACCGCACGCUGCUGUCGUGCCGGCGCGGCCAGGUGUUUGACGGGCGCGACUGCGUGCCGGCGGAGCGAGGCUGCCGGCGGCCGCCCGCAGCGCCGGCCGGGUUCGCCGCCGCCUCCUCACCGGCGCCCGGAUCCUGCCAGGGCGCCGCCGACGGCUACUACCGCGACCCGGACCUCGGCUGCCGCUCCUACUACUACUGUUCCAACGGCCACAAGAUCACCUACGUCUGCUCCGGUUCCUACGUCUUCGACGGCAAGGAGUGCGUCGACCCUGACACUUACAAGUGCCCUUACAAGUCGGACGACUGCGUCGGUCUCUCCGACGGCUACCACUUCGACACGGACUCCGGCUGCCGCAAGUACUUCUUCUGCCUCGGCGGUUACAAGAUCACGGCGCUCACGUGUGACGGCGACAGAGUGUUCGACGGUCGGCGCUGCGUCGAGCCUUUGGCCUUCCGGUGUCCUGACGGUGGUAGUCCUCUGGUCGACUCUGUCACUGGCCCUUCCUGUGCCACCAGGUCGGACGGCACGUACCCUGACGAGGGUGCAGGCUGCCGCCGUUACUUCACCUGCCGGGCACGGCAGCUCGACUCCACCUCCGUGUGCCCCGGCGAUAAACUCUUUAACGGGCACGACUGUGUGAGCGCCGAUUCGUACACUUGUGGCAGUGUCGAGGUACCGUCCUCGAGCCCCGAAUGUGAUGGUAAUCUCAACGGUUUCUUCCAAAAUGUCACCUCGGGGUGCCGGACGUACUACUUCUGUAUCGACGGAACGAAGACUGUUCUCACGUGCCCCGGUAAUGAAGUUUUUAACGGGCAGUUGUGUGUCGACGCGAAAUCGUACACUUGUCCUUCUCCGGGGGAGGUCGAGGUCGGGACGACGUGCGUCAAGUAAAUGUCAGAUCCGGAGCAUCGCGUCGUACACUGCAGAACACUCUUCUCUGCACCUGUGCCGGAACCUCGGGGAAGCGUGUGCCUAGGGAGGCCUUUUUGUUAUUGCUCCACAACCGAGUGGUAGUCGAGGUCACGGACGGACGGAUAAGGCGUCGCAGAAGUGAUGCGUGAAAGGUGCGCACCGUAUCUGGCACCUGUAUGUGUGUAUAAAAGAAAGCCAAAGAAAAUGGAAAACUAUAAAGAUUAACACUUACUUUCCACCUGUAGUUUGAAGAAGAUAUGCUGCAGUUUGUUGGUCAAUCUGUACAAAAGUGGAGAAUCGUUGAGUAAAAUUCUGAGAAGUCUAGCACUGGUGAAGUAGGUUGUCACAGUGAAGUCUGGAAGGCUUUUAGAAAAUCAUAAUUUGGCACAAUAGCUGUAUAUCAGCUUAUUAAAAUUGCCAGUUUUGGCCAGUCAUCAUACCAUUGUCAAGUAUAAAAAAAUAUCACACUAAUUACUGGAUAUGUGUCCAAUCACGAUCAUUUGAAUCUUUAUCAACAUUAUACAUUAACUGCUUCUGAACUAUAAAAUGCACAAAUGUGUCUGAUUUAUUCAUCAGAAGAAAGCAGUCUAUAAUUUUAGUGUAGUUAAUUUGUUAGGCUUAUUAACAUAUUGCCUAAGGAAGGAAGUGAUUACAUUCCAACAUUCUAUUAUUUUGAUGCAGUUAAAGUGUAAUGUUGACCUAGAAACAAGUGAGGAUGAUUGGAUGUAUGUUCUCCAAAUAACGUUUUUUUCAUACUUGAAGAUGGUCUAUUGUAUGACCAAAAGUGGUAGUUUUACUAAAUUGAUAUACAGCAAUUGUGCCAUGAUUUUUCAGAUGUAUUUAACAGUUGUAUAUCACCAACUCUUUAAAAUAGUUGUCAAGGUCUUGCAGUAUUGUGAACAUAAGCAAUAUCUAUGUAAACUGAAACAAGAGGGAAAGUGACUUUUCAGAACAUUAAUUUGACAGUACAUUUUAUGUACAGUGAAUGUUUGGCACAUUUUGCCCAUUUGGAAAAUUCAGCAUCUCCAUGCUGCUUUCUAAAUGCAUCCUUCAUAGGGACAGGUAUAAACAAUGUCUUUCGCAGGUAUUGAAUAUGACAAAAAACUUAAGGAGUAUGUAAUCAAAUACCAGAUCAGAAGCUUGUAUCAACAAGUUACAACUCUCCCUGUGGAAUAUUGUUCCAGUGCUACAUACAUGGCCAAAUAUUACUCGUAUCUGGUGCAUCUCUACACACAUUUACCAUAAAUUUGUGACAUGACUAGCUAUUAUGUUGGCUGUAGUUGGACAUGAAAUACUGUCCCAACAACUUAUCAAUGUCAACUGUUUGCUGGUGACAUCUGUGAACUAAAGAAACAGACUGCCACAGAAUGUGUGAGAAGGUCUAAGAAAAUGUGCCAAAUUCAGUCUUAUGAAGAUUCUUUUAUUAUUCCGAGAGAGAAACAGGAUAGGACUACUUUUUGACUGCCCUUAAGAAAAUUUACCAGUUAUGCAAAAAGCUCAGAUGUAUUGUGAGACUGUUCUAUGGCAUUAUGGAUUAUGUCGGGCACUGAAGACAGUACUCCAUGAUAUUUUUAGUUUCAUCUGUAGAUACAUACAGAGUAGCACCUGAAAAGUUUAGUAUCGUCACACUACUGUGUGUGCUGUUCAUAGGUUCCAUUUUCAUACUAUGUUAUCUUUUAAACAACUAUGUUAAAGCCAUCUUUAGCCAUCUUUGCACACAAAACACAGGCUCUCAAACAACUGUAUGCAUGAACAAUUCACUAUUCCACCAAUAUUUUUACCAACAGAUAUUUACAUAUAGCCCCUACCACACUGCUAUUAUGAAAUGCAUACAGCAUGUUACUUCUUCAUUACAAUUGCUAAUACAAUUUUCUACCUCAGUCAAGGUUAUUUACACAAUGUUACGACAUUUACCAUGGAUGGUUAUCAAUUCAAAUAAUACUACAGUACUUAUGAAUCAAAGAACUCUAGGUACAUGAAAAUCUUCUGAAAUGUUAGAACAUAACCACCACACCAAACACCACAUUUCAAAACACAGUUAUUUAUAGAUGCUUAUUUACAGGGAACAGCAAAUUUUAAAGGUUAAAAAUUACCAUUAUUACUUCAUAAUUCAAUUCAGACCAAUUCCUAAAUUCCUUUCAACUGGCAUUUGUAAACAUAGAAAUUACAGGCAAUCUCAAAAACACCUACCUCCAAAAUAAUGUACACGGAUGUUUUUUUGUUAAAUUUAGCUCUUCUUGUUAAAAAUGUUUGCUGCUUUUCUCAAGAGCAAAUGCCUAAAAAUAAAUAUUUAGACAACUACGGUCUCAAAUAACGCAUUCUAAAAAUGCAUAUAUAUAUAU